GCUUAGUCCAGAGUCUAGCUCCAUCCAUCAGCAUCGACAUCUCCGGGGCCAACAAACACAAGCAAGCGCAAGCUCCUCCUUCUCCUUCUGCUUCUGCUUCUCCUCUUUCUUCAGGGUAAUCGGCCGGAGUCAGACACGAAGCCGGCGGCCAAGGCACGACGACUCAAAAGGAGGAGGAUCAGCUCAUCAUCAUCACACACAGGUCGAUCGACCAUGUGUAACAACAGCGGCGGGGCGAUGGCGGCGAGGAAGGGGCCGUGGACGGAGAAGGAGGACGCACAACUGGUAUGGUUCGUGCGCUUGCUCGGGGAACGGCGUUGGGAUUUCUUAGCUCAGGUCUCAGGUUUGCGCGGUGGCGGGUGAUCGAUCCAACCUGACCUCUACGGCCAGUCGCCAUUAAUCAUCUUCUCUUCCUCUCCCCCUGCCCCUCCGGCGCGUUCUCGGCUGUGCUUCGUGCGUGCAGGUCUCCGGCGCACCGGCAAGAGCUGCCGCCUCCGCUGGGUCAACUACCUGCACCCGGGCCUCAAGCGCGGGCGCAUCACCGCCGACGAGGAGCGCCUCAUCCUCACCCUCCACGCCGAGUGGGGGUCCCGCUGGUCCAGGAUCGCGCGGAAGCUCCCCGGCCGCACCGACAACGAGAUCAAGAACUACUGGAGGACGCACAUGAGGAAGAAGGCCCAGGAGGAGAAGAUGAUGGCCAAGAACAAGGCCUCCUCCGACUCCACCGCCGCCAACUCGCUGACGACGACGACGACCUGCUCGGCAUCCACCCCCACGGCCACCUCCUCGACCACCGACGCGCCGCAGACUAGCAUGGGCGACGAGGCCGAGGAGGAGGCCUCCACGUCGGCGACCGAGGAGAAGAAGGCGGAGGUGGUGCAGUACUGCUACGCUGUGGACAUGGAUCAGCUCUGGAACGACAUCGCCGCGUCGGAGAGGUACCCGGACAUGAUGAUGAGCUGGGGCGCGGCCGGUCACGCCGCCGUCGCCGCCCCUGCUCUGGAGCCCUCGUCGCCGGUGUGGGACUUGUGCGAGCAGGAUUACUACUCCCUCUGGCGGAUCGACGACCAAGAGUACUACAACAAGAUCGAUCAACACGCUCUGAAUUGAGAGGCUUUCGUUACGUUUCGCUUGCUUUUCUUGUUCUUAAUUCCUAGCUAUAGCUAGAGCUUCAUUGCACUACUUGUAUUACCAUAUAUACAUGCAUGUAAUUAUAUGUAAAAGUUGAGUUGUGAGAUUAUAUAUAUUCGUGACAGCUGUUUGUGCAUA